UCUCAGGUCUUCCGGCCUGUCUUCCUUUUCAGAGGCAUGAAAGUCAUUGAAAGCCGAGCCCAAAAGGAUGAGGAGAAAAUGGAAAUUCAGGAGAUCCAGCUGAAAGAGGCCAAGCACAUUGCUGAAGAUGCCGACCGCAAGUAUGAAGAGGUAGCCCGUAAGCUGGUCAUCAUUGAGAGCGACCUGGAACGUGCAGAGGAGCGGGCCGAGCUCUCAGAAAGCAAAUGUGCCGAGCUUGAAGAAGAAUUGAAAACUGUGACGAACAACUUGAAGUCACUGGAGGCUCAGGCUGAGAAGUACUCGCAGAAGGAAGACAAAUACGAGGAAGAAAUCAAGGUCCUUUCGGACAAGCUGAAGGAGGCUGAGACUCGGGCAGAGUUUGCAGAGAGGUCUGUAACGAAAUUGGAGAAAAGCAUUGAUGACUUAGAAGGUAAGAUCUUGAGUUCGGUUUUUAAUUUAGUUCUUAAGGUUGAAUACUCACCUGGCAAAAUGAUUUUCCAAUCCAAGCGCAUCGUCCUUGAUACACUACUUUGCUCUUGCACAUUCUUCCUGUCUGUCCUUUGGUGUUUUCAUUCUCUAGCUCUUAACUCUUGGAUCUGAGUCCUCUGCUCACCAGGUG